UGAGCCUCUACGUUUGGCCUUUGCCAGAGUAUAAAAGCUCGGGUCGAGCGUUGAAGGCACCAGCACGAGCCAGCCUCCCACACACGGCACUGCAAGCUAUACUUACGCAGACUCUCCUGAAGCCCCUCACCAUGUCUCAGACUGCCAAGUCCGCCUCCAGCCAGGGCACCGAUGCCAAGGACAAGGGAGCCCCAGCUCCCGCUGCCUCCAGCAAGGCCACCAAGACCGGAGAGCCUGGCAUGGGAUCCUACAGAAUCAUGUUGUUCGACCAGGAGAACUUCCAGGGCAGGAUGAUCGAGGUCCAGAAUGAGUGUAUGAACGUGUGUGACCGUGGCAUGGAUAGAGUGCGUAGUAUCAUUGUGGAGUGCGGCCCCUUUGUUGCCUUUGAGCAGACUAACUUCCGUGGGGAGAUGUUCAUCCUGGAGAAGGGAGAGUAUCCUCGCUGGGAUACCUGGAGCAACUCCUACCGCAGCGACUGCCUCAUGUCCCUCAGGCCCAUCCGCAUGGACAGCAUGGAGCACAAGAUCUGCCUGUAUGAGCUCUCCGACUUCAAGGGCAACAAGAUGGAGAUCCAGGAGGAUGAUGUGCCCACCCUCUGGGCGCAUGGCUUCUGUGACAGAGUGGGCAGCGUGAGGGUCCCCGGAGGAGCGUGGGUGGGUUACCAGUACCCUGGAUACAGAGGCUACCAGUACCUGUUUGAGUGCGGUGACUACAGACACUACAACGACUUCUGCGCCUUCCAGCCCCAGAUCCAGUCCAUGCGUCGUAUCAGGGACAUGCAGUUCCACCAGAGAGGAUGCUUCACCUUCACCUCCGCCAGCAAGUGAAUGACGCCCGCUGGCCGUCUGGUGCUGUCGUAGCCAUGCAGCCCUCUCAGCUUUUUAUUUCUCCAAACAAUCCCCCUUUUUCUCCAAUCCUUUCCUUAAUUUCCACCAUCAUCGCUCCAUCCCAAAGGAAAGACAGAAUGAGAGCAAACACACGGGACAACAUUCACUGACUUUUUAUGGUGCUAAAAAAUAAACAUGUUGUGAAAAACCUGAAA